CUCGUGAGCUUGGAGUGCCUAUUGCAUACACUAUGUUAUGGCUGUGACCGUGUUGUUUUGCUCUCUUAUUUUGUUCCCCGUUGCUCUCGCUAGUGUCGCAUUCCAGGGCAGACAUGCCCACUGCUACUCUAUCUAUCUUGCCUAGAUAUUUAUGCUCUAUAAUACUACAGCAUCUGGCUAGUAAGUACAUAGAAACUACCUACUUGAUUGUAUAAACGCAUUGAUGAUGCCUUCAAAAAAAAAAAGCUCCAAGAUGGAGAAAAAGAGAGAAACCCACGCCCCCCUCCAAUCGAGCCUUGCCCGCUGUCAGUUAGCUCCCGAAACCCGCCCUCGCUGCGUAAAUUGCUGCUCUCGCAGGGGGGGGCUUUUAGGCGUCGGCGCCCACUGUAGAGGCACGCUGUCGGCUCUCCGCCUCCACUCCCCCGGCCUUUGGCGCGCAGCCCAAAAUGACGUCGCAGGCUUUAAUCAAAAACUUAUCUCUCCGGCUUUGGCACGGCAAUGCAGCCGCGGCAGAUGUUUUCGUAAGUGCCCGAGCCUGACAGCUGCAAGAGAAAAAAGCGAGAUGCAGACAAGAGAAGAGAGAGGCGGCCAGCCAUCGACGCUGGGCAUCGCCAAAACCCCGGACAAUGAUCCUCCCGCCAACAACGGCCAGCUUUCGGAGUUGAAGACAGAUUAUCUUGUGCCACCGCCCGCAUCAGGCCCGGCGAAGUUCGUUGCUGCUGCCCAUCUCAGAGCGGCAGUGAUCGGCUUUUGGAAAUACGACAAUACGGGCCAUUCGCCACAGUGUCGCUCGCCGCAUACUCGCACAGUCCUGCACAUGACUGCUGCACCCAACGGCCACCACCCAACAUCCACAUCCACUCGUACGAGUAUCUCUCCUCGAUCUCUCUCCCCAUGGACCCCGGCUUGAGCAGCGUCCCACUUCUCAUCCUGCCAGUAUAGCUCUCACUUCCUUCAAUAGCACGUCGGUCUUCGCUGUCACACCACCAGCAACGCAUCUCCGCGUUGGCU